CUUGUAAUCUCGUUCCCAGUUGCUUUUCCUAUGUUGAACUUCUGGUUCAGUUCAGCCGCAGCCGUGUCGAGCGUAGUCAACGUAACUUUGGUUCAAAGUGGAUAGGUGAAAACAGAGAACCACGAUGUCGCAAGAUCGAUAUCAUCAGGCCAGUUACACGGCCUCCGGAAUGACAAGCCAAGGUGACCAGGAAUUUCGAAGCCUUGCGCAAACAAUUGGAACGAACAUACAGAAGAUCACUCAAAAUGUGGGUUCCAUACAAAAAAUGGUAAACCAACUUGGAACUGUCCAGGACUCUGAAUCACUACGGUCACAACUGCACCAAAUGCAGCAGAAUACGAACCAACUAGCCAAGGAGACAAAUAACCGGUUGAAGGCCCUGGCAAAUCUUUCUGGAAGCGACUUGAGGCAACGCAAAAUUCUACGGGAGAAGUUGGCCAAUGACUUCUCAGAGGCACUGCACUGCUUCCAAACAGUGCAGCGGGCUGAAGCGGAAAAGGAAAAGGAGUCAGUGAAGCGAGCACGAACAGCAUCUAAUCGCAUGUUUGAAGAUCCAGCAAGAGAGAGCAGCUUGAUCGAGCUUGCUUCCCCUCAACAACAGCAACAGAGCUUUGCACAGUAUUCGGAAGAGGUGGACCUUAAUUUGCUUAGAGAAAGGGAACAAGCCAUUCGCAAGCUUGAGUCUGACAUUGUGGAUGUGAAUACCAUCUUCAAAGAUUUGGCGGCAAUGGUUCAUGAUCAGGGAGAUGUUAUAGAUAGCAUUGAAGCAAGUGUUGAGACUGCAGCAAUCAGCGUUGAUGAAGGUGUAGAGCAGCUGGCAAAAGCAAGGCAGAACCAGGUAAAAGCCAGGAAGAAAAUGAUAUGUUUGGCUGUCUUUGGAAUAGUUCUGUUGGCCAUAGUCAUCACAGUCAUCGUAUUAACCAAGGGUUAACAGGCCUGGCAGCAACAGGCCAGCUGGUAUGAUGACAGCAUUGGAGGGCACCUUGCCACCAUCCUAACUGGACAGCAACUCCUGGUCCUCACGUGGGAGAGAACCACAGGCAAACAGCAAAUUAUUACUGCACCUUAACUAGUGCACGUAACUAGGUAUUUAUUAAUUGUCUCUUGUUUUGUAAGUUAAAUAGUCCAACAGCAUAGCUGGGACCGGGCUGCACCCCACCCUGCGACAUUCCCAGCGCUUCUCGUGCGCUAGCACUAUGAUCUGGCUUGCUUUGUUACAGUAACGAGACAUGUGUCAUCACAUUUGAUUGUUUUGAAGGCUUGAACAAUAUAUCUGUCAACAAUAAACAGCCAUUUAUAGCUAUGGACUGUGUAACCAGUAAUGGAGAAAACGGUUGCUUUAUUUGGCACUUUUUUUUUAUCUAUCUUUCUGUAUGUUUUAGUGACAUAUUUCCCAUUGUACAAGGGGCAUAAGAUGGAAUUACAUCUGUCUACAAACAUUCAGAGAAAUGUUAGUGGAUCUGUAAAUUUAUCGCGUUACAUUAUCGCAUAUCGUAAUGCAGAUGUUAUGACUUAUGAGAUAGAGAUAUGGUCAAUUAAUCUCACCUUGUGCUCCGUCGAAAUUUGUACAGUCGUUCGGUGUAAUUACCGUUCGUGGUAAUAAAAUAUAUCACAAAUAACAAUCCAUGCAAAGAAAAGAGUGUGCUGCAGCAUAAAACUUACAGAAUUGGAAUGAUAAUGUGCAAAUAUUGCAGGUAAUGUGCAUGCCUAUUGCAUAAAGUUUUACCAUCCAGGAUUCUACAGAUAUGUAUAUAGAUGCUGGUUUCUUCCAUUUUAAAAGUUAGUGGAAAAGUAUGUACAUACAGCAAGAAAUGCUGACAUAUAUGUAGAAUGUUUGCAAAUGUGUAUAAAGUAUGUAAUAAAUACAUGUUGAUUUUUUC